UCGGGAAACACUAUUUUUGGCCUGGUUACUAAAGCCAAUAUGGCGGAUGACGGAUGUAACUUCUACGAUGAGGACGAUUUCGAUGAUUUGGAGAACGAAGACGAAUCCAACGAUUGGGCUGAAAUGUAUAUUGGAGAAGGAACUCAGUGGAUAAAUUAUAGCAACAACCCUUCACAGAAAAAUGCGCAAACGGAGGAGAAUUCGAGGUAUGAAAAUCUCCAAGUCAAAGAAGAUGUUUAUGAAAACGACGACAAAGCAAAAGGCCUCUCCAGGAUGGAGCUUAAUGAUCAUAAGGCAGGCAUGAUGGGUUUAGAUAAGCAAAAAAUUAACCAGAUCAUAUUCGAAGCGAGUAAAGGCUCUAAGUUCUAUGAAAAUGAAUUAAAGAAAGAAAAGCAAGUGGCUGAACGGAUCGCUAAACAGAACAUGUCACUUGAAAAACUCACCCAGCAGCAAAGAAAAGUGGCUUUCCAGGCCAUCGACCUAAUUGUAGAAGAGUUGGAGAGGAAGCGUGAUUUAAGCCGUACCUUUGUUCAUAUCGAUAUGGACGCUUUUUAUGCUGCAGUGGAAAUCUUGGACAAUCCUGAAUUGGGUGACAAACCUAUGGCUGUGGGUGGUAACUCAAUGUUGUCUACGUCAAACUACCCAGCUAGACGUUAUGGUGUAAGGGCAGCCAUGCCAGGGUUUAUCGCCAAGAAGUUAUGUCCUGAACUGAUCAUUGUUCCACCGCACUUUGAAAAAUACAAGGAAUACAGCCGCCAAGUGCAAGAUAUUUUAGCAGAGUAUGACCCUAAUUUUGCGAUGGCCAGUUUAGAUGAAGCAUACUUGGAUCUUACAGAGCAUCUUACUGAGAGACACAAAGGUCAAGAAAAGAAGAGAUUCUUGACAUCUAAAUGCAAUAUUCAUCGAAUGGUAAAGAACGAAAUGCAUCCAGACCUUGAACAGAUAGAGGGAGAAAUUGUUGAGUUUGGUACCGAUGCGGAGGAAGCUGUCAGGGAGUUGCGUUUUCGAAUUGAGCAGAAGACGAAACUAACAGCUAGCGCAGGAAUAGCACCAAAUGCCAUGCUAGCAAAGAUCUGCUCUGAUCGUAACAAGCCGAACGGACAGUUCUAUCUAAAACCAAAUCGUAAUGAUGUCAUGGAAUUUAUACGCAGCCUACCUAUCAGAAAAAUCAGCGGAAUUGGGCGAGUCAGUGAACAGAUGUUGAAAGCUCUUGGAAUUGAGACAUGUGAAGAUUUAUACAGGAAACGAGACUUGCUCUAUCUUCUACAUUCACCAAUCAGCUUCAAAUUCUUGAUAGAAGUUUCUCUUGGUUUGGGACCCACAUCCCUUACGACAGAAUCGAAAAGGAAAAGUAUAGGAACAGAAGAAACCUUUUCAGAGAUUAGCAAACCCACGGAGCUACUGGAUAUGUGUGGCAAGCUUUGUCAAUCACUGGCACAAGAUAUAAAAGGGCAAGAACUUAAAGGAAAGACUGUCACGAUAAAGCUGAAAACAGUGAACUUUGAAAUAAAAUCUCGGUCUUCAUCCACCAGUUAUCCCGUUUCGACGUACGAGGAAAUUUCCUUAAUUGCAAAAGAGCUUCUCAAACAUGAAAUGAAUACAUGUUUUCCUGAGCCCCUAAAGUUGCGCCUCAUGGGGGUACGUUUAUCAAAUCUUCAAGAUACAAGCUCGAACUCGUCAAAAGAAGCUAAGCAGAACACUAUAACAGGUUUUUUAAAGCAAAAGCAAAAUGUUAAGUCCCAGGGAAUGCUAGUGUCUUUUCCAACCGCCCAACAAUUGAACGUAGGGGAACAUUUUGGUCUCCCUUCACUGAGUCAACACUAUCCAGAAGAAAGUGACGUCAUGACAGGAGCAUACGCUUGUCAGAGGACAGACCAGUAUGGUUCCUGCCUUGCUUCUCUCUCGUCUGAGGGUGUUGCUUCAAACUCAGUUUCAAAGAAAUCAUCGUCACUAUCUGGUUCUGUUUCAACUUCAGAUUCCAUUUUGUUGAAGGAACAUUCUGACGAUACAAAUCCAUCAGCAGUGUUUUGUCCUGUAUGCGAAUUAGAGCAAAAGUUCAAGAGAGGUCAAGAUGUUAUGACUGAACUUAACAGACAUAUAGACUUGUGCUUAAAUAAAGCCACUAUAAAGGAGUUGGCUUCAGAGAGAAAUCCAAGACGACCAUCAACUGUCGAUGUGGAGAUGGGGACCUCAAGAGUAAAGAGAAGAAGACAGCAGUUAACAGAAACCUCCCAGAAAGCAACCUUGCUUUCAUUUUGGUCAAAAUCAUGAAAAAUUUGAAAUUGUGGCAAAAUUACACAUAAACAGACUUAUGAAUAACUUUUGCACUUGACACGUAUUGACCUCAGUUGUCAGGAUCUCAUGCGUAUGAACUGUUAUCAUUGCGGCAGUUAACAACUAGUUUAGCUUCUCGGCAAACAGGAGUAACCCGCCAAGUUAAGAAUGUCUAUCCAUUGAAUAGAUAAAGGUUGUGCAUUACAAUAAGCGACUGAGUUGCCAGAAAAAUCACUCUUGAUUUUGUCGUCUAAUGAAUUUAAAGUUCCAGUGGAAACUCCUUUCUAUAACUUUAAGGAAAAUUUUCCAAUUUGGAGAGCAUUGGUUUUCGGACGAGAUGCGACGACCUAUGUCGUGAUUACUUUGAAAAUUAGAAGUGUUCAGUGAGAUGAUUCUUUUGAACGCGAGAAUUGCCGCAACUUUAGGCUGACAACAACAACGUUUCAUUUACUCAACAUAAAUCAAUACAAUUAAAUUCUAAUAAUUCUUUGAUUUAACAAUAUUGUAGAUUGGUUAAAAUUAUUGAAUAGUAUUAAAAUUGUAAUGUUAAAUUGCGAACUAGGAGUCUAAGGUGGGUCCUUAAGUUAACCAAAGGUUUUCUUGUUUGCUCCCUGUUAGAAGAUGUUCACUCAAACUUUCAUAUCCAUUUCUUAUUUAAUGUUUGGUUUGACGGUGGUCAGUUUGCAAAUGGUGUGCUAAUACCAUCGAAGCGUUCCUGAUUAGUGUUACGGACAUGUUGCGUCCGUGUGUCGCAAAGUAGGGGGGGGCAGGUAAAUGUGCUAAACAGGCUAAAAAAACAUUCUUCUGUGCAAAGUUAAGGAAUUAUUGUAUCGAGCGCUUGUUCUGCCUCAUUUUUAUUACUGCAAUCAGCUAUGGCAUCAUUGCAGCUUGAGAAACAAAGAAAAUAGAAAAAGUAAAUGAGCGUGGAUUAAGAUAUGAUUAUAAAGAUAAAACAUCAACAUAUCAGAAACUGCUAAAGCGAGUAGGUUUAGAAACCACGUUGGAAAACCGUCGUGUCGAGGACAUGUUAAUGACCAUAAACGCUUCUUUUCUAGGCACCGCCCCUGUAUGCAUCAAGGAACUUGUUAAAAUCAGAAGUAAUAAGUAUGAUUAAAGGGGUAAUAAUAUGCUAUCGAUAUCAAAAGUAAAUGCCAAAAACCAUGGAUUGAACUCUUAAAUAUUUCGCCGUAAAACAAUGGAAUGGAAUUCCAAAUGAAUUGCGCUUGCUGGAGGCAGAGAAUUUAACAAACAAGUGAGGAACAUUACAUUUUAGUUACUUGAAUUUUGUAAUUUUAGAUUUUUAGAUACUUUCAUUUUCUCAGAUUUUUAUAG